GGUGUUCGAUAUGAAGAAAAUAUUCCUGAUAAUAUUCAUAUUGAAUAUUAUGAUGAUAUUCAGUUUGAUGAUAAUGAAGAAGAAAGCAUCCAGGUCGAAAACGAUGAAUAUGAUGACGAAAAUAAUGAAUUUAAUGAGAAUAAUCGUGAAGACGAUAUAUAUUACAUGAAUUCUCCAUCAUCGAAUAGUAUGCAGUAUAUGGCAAGUAUUAAAAUUGAUACACUUUAA